AUGGCUGCCGCCGCGGGAUCCGUUUGGAAUGCGAACUCCUGGCACUGGGAAGAAAAAAGCUACACGAAAUGGAGCAAAGAGUACCUGCAGUCGCACCUGGGUGGACUGAAUUUGUUAGAGAACGUGGAAGACUUCUCCGUGAAGAUCUUGCCGACCCCGACCGUCACGGGUGAAGCGAGCGUGAGUGUACGAAAAGGCAAGACGAUUUUGGCAAUCGACUUGGCGGUGAAAAUGCAGUUCGAGGCGCUCGUGAAGCGACCGGAUGCCGCGGAGGGAAGCAGCCGAAAAUGCCGAGGGGAAAUCUCCGUUUCUGACGUCUCGGCGGAAUCCAUCGAGGACCGUGACUACACCAGCUCUGCGAAACUCAUUGACGUUCCUCUCCCCGAGGCGGAGGCGAUGUCGUCUGAGGAGAGACAGAAGGCGCUGAAACUCGUCAAAGGGAAGUGCAUGGACGCGCUGCAUGCAUCCCUCCGAAAGUUCAUCAAGGACUUGCAAGAGGCCGAGUCCAACUCGGAGAGACUUCAAGCUGACAAGGCCCAACGCGAGGCCGAGCUGAAGCGCAUGCAGGAGGCGGAGAAGGAGAAAGGCGAGGAGAAGAAGGCCAUCGCAGAGCAACAGAAACUUCGGGACAGAGAGAUGAAGGAAGAAGCCAAGCAGAGGGCAGCCGCGCAGCCUGCCUCUUCGCCGCAGCCGACGCAGGUGGAAGGUCAAGGAUCCGUUUGGAAUGCAAACUCGUACCACUGGGAGGAAAAGCCCAUGACCCAGUGGUGCCACGCGACCUUGCAAGAGAGAUUCGCAACAGCGGAACUCUCCCUUCUCGAAGGAUCGACUACUUUGAAAUUCUUCAAUGUCAAAGUUGAGGGCGAGGCCUCAAACACAAUCCGAAAAGGGAAGAAGUUGGUGAUUUUCGACUUGGCAAUCGGCGCGGAUUGGACAGCGACGGCGCGCGAUGAAGCGGGCGUCUUCCUUGCAGACUCGAGGGGUCGGCUAGAAAUCAGCGACUUCUCGUCGGAAACGCUGGACGACUACCAAGUGACCGUACAGGGCGACGGCAAGGUGCCUCCUCAGCAUCGGAUCGACAACGCAGCGAAAACGGAGCUUCCGGAGAAAAUCAAAGUUAUUCUCUCAAAGUUUGUUGAAGACCUCCGCGCUCGUGGAUGA